AUGCCUCCCCGGAUACAAUCGCAGCGUGUCUCCAAUUCCCUUCUCCCGUACCUUUCCUCUCCUUCAGCCUCCUCUACCACUAGAAUCCCCCUCUCAUCCUCAUCAUGCUCUCCUUCGCCUUCCUCUUCCCGUUCAUUCUCCUCAACACAAUACACACAAACGCAACGACGAAGGGAAAUGAUCUCGUGGCUUCAAGGCGAAGGAGCCAGGCUUAAAACCCACACUCCGGGCCAACCCAACUACCUCUCCACUAGAAGAGGCCCACCGGGUUUGCCGUCUCGACAACCAUUCCCCCAAAACCCAGCUUUCGUCAGUGAGAGCAUCUUGAGUGAGGAAUUGCGAAAUGAAAUCUACCAGCAGGUGGUGGUGAGGAAGAAGAGCAUUCGUGCUGUCAGCGCGGAGAUGGGGGUUGAUAUGAGGAGAGUUGCGGCCGUGUGUCGAUUAGUUGAGAUUGAGAAACGGUGGCGGCAACAGGGGAAACCAUUGGCACUGCCAUAUGCCCGCUCAGUCCAUGAAAUGAUCGCAACAACUCCGUUGUACGAAGACGCUCGUUCCCGACGCGAGAGACCCCACGAGUCAAUUAACGACCUCCCCUCCCACCGCCUUACCGAUGCACAAAUCUUCUACCCCGUUUCUGAGUCCCGCCACUUCACCCGUUCUGAUGCUGGUCGCGUAUUCUCUGCUGCCCCAGCUCGCCUGCACGGCGUGGUUGCUAAGGAGGUAGCCAACCCGGAUGAGACCGUAAGCCGCAUCACACAGAACCCAUCGAAAAUCGAAACUGUUGGCAAGGGUGCAGACGAGCAGCCUGUGCUCCAGGCUGCCGACGUGCGUAUUCCUCACCCAUACCUCGUCGCCUACGAGCGUGACCGCGAAGCUCGGCCAGAGGAACGCAAUAAAGUUUUCAAGGCUCACGCCGAGCGCCUUGAGAAGGAAGAGGCCGCCGAGAAGGAACGCAAGCGUUUCGCCGAGGAGCGUCGUGAGCGCAACAUGUCCCAUGUCAAGCCCGAAUCCUCCCGCUUCGAGUUCCGCAUCAAUGAUGUCGCCGUGAGCAGGGAGACCACUGGCACCGAUGGCCGUGGCCAUAAAGCUCCCGGCCGGAGAUACGGUGUGCCCAGCUACGAGCGAAAGAAGGGCCAGGUCAAGAUCCCCACGCGCGUGGUGGUCUAA